AAAAUCAAUUAGAUUUCCCUUUUUGGUGACCUUUGCGGAAAACCUCGUCCUUUCGGUUUUUUCCUCCUCCUUCUCGUCUUCCUGAUGCCGCUUCCUGAAACAGGUAUAUUAUUUGCAUGAGCAAAUGGAUACAAAAAAAGCCAACGUUGAGCCUUAUAGCGUCUUGUUAUUCACCUUGAUCUUGGCUUUGCAGUCAGCAAGAAACAGGAACAUAAACCACACUACACACUGUCAUGGAAGCUACUGCUGCGUCCGCGUCUACUGACAUGGCCUUCGAGGACCGUGUCAGGACAUUCCAGAACUUCCUCAGUAUUAGAGUCAACGAAAUUCCAAUAUACGAACGGGAGAUUCAACGUAUGCUUAAGAAGGGAGAAAAAAGAUUAUCUGUAAACAUUGAUGAAUUGAGAAACUUUGAUAACAAUUUUGCAGCUGGUCUCCUAGAUACCCCGGCAGAUUUUCUUCCAGCUGCAUUGAAGGCCUUGAAUGAAAUGGUUCAUGCAAUUUACAGUCCCGUCGAAACACCUGGAAUCACACUUGCCGAAGAUGACGAGUUCUAUCUCUCGUUUGUGGGUUCUUUUGGUGCAUACAGUUUGUCACCAAGAACAAUAAACUCGUCCUACCUUUCCAAGAUGGUGUCGAUUGAAGGUAUCAUCACCAAAGCUUCUUUAGUGCGUCCAAAGAUCGUCAAGUCAGUUCAUUACAACGAAGCCAAGAAGUUUUUCUUUUCGAGAGAAUAUAGAGAUCAGACAACAAGUUUUGACCCAAUCAAUACCGUUGUCACAUAUCCGACCGAAGAUGCUGAAGGUAACAAACUCGAAACUGAAUACGGCUAUUGCAAAUACAGAGAUCAUCAAGUGGUAACUAUCCAAGAAUUGCCUGAAUUGGCACCACCUGGUCAACUACCAAGAUCGUUGGAUGUGAUUUUGGAUGACGACUUGGCCGAUUGUGCGAAACCUGGUGACAGAAUCCAAGUCAUCGGUGUUUUCAGAUCUUUGGGUGGUGGCUUGAACGACAACGGUGCCUUCAAGGUGGUUAUACUAGCAAACUCAGUUUAUCAGCUCCACGCGUUAUCGACGUCAACGAGAGUCACUGAAAACUUGACUGCAAAGGAUAUAGACAAUAUUGUAAGACUUUCCAGAAAAAAGCAAGUAUUCAAGCUUUUGGCUGAAUCUCUAGCUCCUUCCAUCUAUGGUCAUACUUACAUCAAACAAGCAGUCCUCUUGAUGCUUUUGGGAGGGACUUCCAAAACUUUGGAUAACGGUGCAAGGUUGAGGGGUGAUAUAAAUAUUCUCAUGGUUGGUGACCCUUCUACAGCCAAGUCUCAAAUGCUACGUUUCGUUUUGAAUACUGCUCCUUUGGCCAUCACCACAACAGGUAGAGGUUCUUCCGGUGUGGGUUUGACAGCUGCUGUUACCACAGAUAAGGAGACUGGUGAGAGAAAGCUUGAAGCGGGUGCUAUGGUUUUGGCAGAUCAAGGUAUCGUUUGUAUCGAUGAAUUUGAUAAGAUGAACGAUGUUGACAGAGUUGCUAUUCACGAAGUGAUGGAACAACAAACUAUAACGAUCUCGAAAGCUGGUAUCCAUACCUCGUUGAAUGCAAGAUGUGCGGUUAUUGCAGCCGCUAAUCCGGUCUAUGGCCAGUAUGAUACAUUUAAGACACCCCAGCAGAAUAUCGCAUUACCUGAUUCUUUACUAUCCAGAUUCGAUUUGUUAUUCAUUGUCACCGAUGACAUCAAUGACGAACGAGACAGAAAAAUCAGUGAGCAUGUGAUGAACAUGCAUAGGUACGUCCCAGCGGGCUAUUCUGAGGGUGAGCCAAUAAAGGAGAAAUCUAGCAUCAGAUUGGCAGUUGGUGAUUUCGAUGUCGAAGAGUCAAAUGGUGAUAAAACAUCCAAAGUUUUUCUCAAGUAUGAUCCUAACUUACAUGCCGGUAUCACGAUAACUGAUCGUAAUGGAGUAAUCAGGCCUUUAGUUUUAUCAAUGCCUUUCUUGAAGAAAUACGUACAGUACGCCAAAACGAAACAGCCAAUGUUGACCGAAAAUGCAAAAAACUUGAUUGUUGAUAUAUACGCAUCUUUGAGAAACGAUGAGAAUACAAAGAAUUCAAGGACAACACCCAUAACGGCUAGAACUCUAGAAACUCUUAUCCGUUUAGCAACUGCUCAUGCGAAAAUUAAACUCAGUGCGACCAUUUCUGUCAAAGAUGUAAGGGUUGCAGAAGAGCUUCUGCGCUUUUCACUAUUCAAAGAAGUUAAGAAGAAAACUGCAUCAGACAGGUCACCACGUAAAAAGAGAAAAACAGAUGAAACAGGACUUUCGUCAGACGAAGAAGAGGAUGAAGAGGGAGAAGAGGAUGCAAGAUACACCAUCACUCCAAGUCGUCGUAGGGUGCAUACUAGAUCACAAGAUGUGAGGAUUCAUGAGGAUACAGAGGAGCAGGUGGAAUCAAUGAGAAAAGGGCUCGAACACUUAGACACUUCUCCGUCUGCCGGCAGAACAAGGACAGUUGCAUCAACAGAGCUCACAACUGAAACUACCGAAGAACCAAUGAAUGAUGCUCAACAAGAUGAUUUGAGUAUUUCUGAGGAAACUACCUUAAAGCCUGUGACUAUUCAAGAAAACGCAAACUUCGAUGGGGAAAUAUCUGACAAUCGUUACCAAACGUUCAAGAAAACCCUUUCUGCAUUGCUUCGGAAUAAUAAGAAAGACCAGUACGGAAUACAAGAGUUGAUCAAUUCAAUCAACGAACAGCUGCCUCAGGAGGAUAGAUUUGGCCCUGCCGAGAGUCAAGCCGCUCUUCAUUUGCUGGAAAUUGACAAUAUUGUCAUGACAUCUGAGAAUUACGUGUAUCCUAUAUAAGCAACUCAUAUAUCCGUUUUAUGCGUUUUUGUUCCUUCCCCCCCUCCACCUUUGUUAGUAUUAAUAGUGACUGUAUUUUAUCAUUUCAUCACCUGGUCGUACUCUUAUCCAUUGUUUCUCGAAACAGCCGAACAUCGGAGUUGUAUACCACUUUACAACAUUUUCCGCGAGAAAUGUUUGUGGAUGACAAAUC